AAACACAAGAUUCAGUUAAUAUUCUUUAUUUAGCAUUAGUAUUCCGGUUGUUCAGCAUUUAACCCGAUGUGAGCCUGCGGCGGGUCACAAUCACGUAGGUCCUGAUGCACCUGCUCGGGUUCUUGCACUUCGUUACGGAUGAUUGCGUUGUUGUGGUUGCUGAGGCUACCAGCUGCAUGGCCAAAGCGAACAAAGUAACCAGGAAAAGGAGCUUCAUGUUGAGUAAUUGGACUUCUGUGUAGAGCACUUAUCGACUUGAUGGGAACAACGGGUUUUGUGAUUGAUUGAUGUGGCAUUCACCCUACUAUUUAUACUAUCAACGAUUAUUAUUCGCACCAGCACUACCACCAGAACCAGCACCAGCUGCGAGAAGUCCACAAAAUUACCAAAUCCAGUACCAAAUCAAUCCAAAAUGAAGUUCCUUUGCGUUGUCGCCCUUUUCGCUCUGGUCAUUCAGUUGACUCUGGCACAAACUUCACCUGCAACAACGGAGGCAGCAACAGCUACAACGACCGUUGCAUCUGCAGCUACAACAACGACGACAGCUGCCUCAGUGACCACUGCAACGACCAAGAAAACCACUAGGCGAUGCUGGAGAGGAAACAAUUGGUGCAACACCCGCCAGCAAGUGAAGUGCAAGAACCCCAAGAAGUGCAUCAAGACCAUCGUGGUGGUGCGUCGCAGGAGGAAUUAAAUGACAUCUAAGAAAGAUCAACAAA